ACAGAUGGUCUCAUCUUCGCCAAGCUCAUCAGCGACGUGCGUCCUAACACGAUCAAUUUCAUGCGCUUCACAAUUAAAAAGAAGAUCAGCGUCUACGAAGCCAAUGAAAAUCUCGAUCAAGUCAUCGACGCUUGCAGGCGCCUUGGGCUUGUUGUUGUCAACGUUGGCCCUAAGGACUUUAUUGAAGAACGGGAACAUUUGAUUCUUGGCCUCUUGUGGCAAAUCAUUCGCAUCGGCAUGGCGGAUGCGCUUACUGUCAUUCUGGAACCUCGACUCGUGCACGUCCUCGAAAAGCAAGAGACUGUUGAAGACCUUAUUAACUCCAGCGCUGAGCAAAAUCUGAUUCGCUGGGUGAACCACCACUUGAGGAUGUCCGGCCAGACGACCCGUCGUCUGACAAACUUCUCUACUGAUCUCAAGGACUCUGUUAUCUUCUGCUACUUGAUUGUAGCCUUGUACCAGGACUUUGACCCCGCGUACAUUCUUGAGGAACAGGACGUCGCUAUUCGUGCGAUAGCGAUCGUUGAAGCAUGGUCGACAUACGGUCAUACCCGAUACCUUACAUCGUCGGCAAUUCUAUCUGGCAACAGCAAGUUGAACUUCGCGUUCCUUGCGAACGUGUUCGCCGAGAACCCAUGCCUGCCUUCGAUAACGCACCAAGAGAGCUUACACAUCGAGCGUGCUCUGUCCACCGCGACCCUCGGCAUCUCUGAGAAGUCUUUGAUUGCAAGCGGUAUGGCGUCACUUAGUAUCAGCAAAGGCAAGGCGGUGGUCGGUAGAAGAUCCCGCCUUGGGGCGGGCGAACCGACCGGUUACCGUCCCGGGGAUGAUGAAGACGAAACUACCACGGAGAGCCGACCUCAAGAGAUCGACGACGUCGCUAAACCAACUAGUCAUCCCAGCCUGGUCAAGAAGGCCCUAUCCCUCUCGUGGGCCAUGGUUGCCCGACGCGGUUCAGAAAAUGGAGACAGCCGCCGUGCAUCCGCCACCUCUGCGGUUUCAAAGUCGUCUCGUCAGGGUUCGGAGGCCGAAACCGGUCGAGGUCUCAAGAUAUUCUCCAACGCCUCGCGUCGUGGUUCCGAUUCCCGUACAAGUUCUUCCGGCGAUGACGAAAACGCUCGACGACGUAGCGUGGCGGAGAAAGACGCAAGGCAAGCUGCUGCCCAAAUUGAAGCAGAUCAAAAGGCCCAAAAGAAGAAGGACGCUCUCGCUGCGAAAGAAGCUGCGAAAGCUGCCAAGGAGGCGCUAGAGAGAGACGCUCUCGCUGCGAAAGAAGCUGCGAAAGCUGCCAAGGAGGCGCUAGAGAGAGAGCUGAAGUCUGAGCAGGAGGCCGAAGCUGCUCAAAGGGCCCAAAAGAAGAGGGACGCUCACGCUGCCAAAGAAGCUGCGAAAUCUUCCAAGGAGGCUUUAGAGCAGGACCUCAAGUCUCAGCAGGAAGCCGAAGCUGCUCAAAAGGCUCAAAGAAAAAGGGACGCUCUCGCUGCCAAAGAAGCUGCGAAAUCUUCCAAGGAGGCUUUAGAGCAGGACCUCAAGUCUCAGCAGGAGGCAGAAGCUGCUCAAAAGGCUCAAAGAAAAAGGGACGCUCUUGCUGCUAAAGAAGCUGCGAAAUCUGCCAAGGAGGCUUUAGAGCAGGAGCUCAAGUCUCAGCAGGAGGCCGAAGCGGCUCAAAAGGCUCAAAAGAAAAAGGAAGCUCUCGCCGCCAAAGAAGCUGCGAAAUCUUCCAAGGAGGCUUUAGAGCAGGACCUCAAGUCGCAGCAGGACGCCGAAGCUGCCCAAAAGGCUCAAAGAAAAAGGGACGCUCUCGCUGCUGAAGAAGCUGCGAAAUUCGCCAAGGAGGCUUUGGAGCGAGAUAUCAAGUCGCAGCAGGAACAGCAAAAAGCUCAGCAGGAGGCCGAAGCUGCUGAAAAGGCCCAAAAGAAGAGAGACGCGCUAGCGGCUCAAGAAGCUGCGAAAGCUUCCAAGGAGGCACUGGAGCUAGCCCUGAAGCUCGAACAGGAGGACGCGAAGCAGGCGAAAGCUUUGCAAAAAGCUCAAAGACGGCUGGAGGAAGAACAGCAGAAGGCCGCAGAGAAAGCGGCGAAAGAGGCUCUUGAACAAGAGUUGAUAAAGUCCCAGCAAGAGGCUGAAGCCCAAGCGGCAAAGGACGCGAUAGACGAAGAGCGGCGGGCUCAGGAGGCUAAAGAGGCAAAAGCUUUGGCAAAAGCCCAAAAGAAGCAAAAGGCUGAAGCGAAGGCACAGCAAAAGGCUGACGCUAAGGCCUCAAAAGAAGCGCUGGAUCAGGAGUUGAGGUCAAAGCAGGAGGCGGACGCAAAAGCGGCGAAGGAAGAAGAGCUGCGGGCGAAGGAAGCAAAGGCUUUGGCAAAAGCUCAAAAACAACAAAAGGCUGAAGCAAAGGCACAGCAAAAGGCUGACGCUAAGGCCUCAAAAGAAGCGCUGGAUCUGGAGUUGAGGUCAAAGCAGGAGGCGGACGCAAAAGCGGCGAAGGAAGAGGAGCUGCGGGCAAAGGAGGCAAAAGCUUUGCAAAAAGCUCAGAAGCGCCUAGAAGACUCGAGUAAAGCGCAACAAGAAGCGGAGGCGAAAGCCUCAAAAGAAGCGCUGGAUCAGGAGUUGAGGUCAAAGCGAGAGGCCGAGGCCAACGCGAUCAAGGAGGCCUUAGAGCGACAGCUGCUCUCUGAGCAGGAGGAAGCUGAGCGGAGAAAAGCUGAGCUGAAGGCGGAGCGUGACGCGAUUGCCCAGGGAGCAAAAGCUCAGAUUCGGCUUGAAGUAGAAGCCCGGCUGCAGCAGGAAGCGGAGGCGAAAGCCUCCAAAGAAGCUCAUAAGCGAGCACUCAAGGCUGAGCAGGACGCUGCUGCGGAAGCAAAGCGGUCGCAGAAAGGGCUGCAGAGAGAGGAGGCUGAGCGGUUGAGGGUGCAGCAAGCGGCUGAGGAGGAGGCAGCCGCUGAGGAAUCCAGGCGUCAAGAAAAAGCUUCCAAAGAAGCUCAAAAGCGAGCUCUCAAAGCUCAGCAGGACGCUGCUGAGGAAGCAAAGCGCUCGCAGAAAGGGCUGCAGAGAGCGGAGGCUGAGCGGCAAGCCGCUGAGGAGGAGGCAGCCGCUGAGGAAUCCAGGCGUCAAGAAAAAGCUUCCAAAGAAGCUCAAAAGCGAGCACUCAAAGCUCAGCAGGACGCUGCUGAGGAAGCAAAGCGCUCGCAGAAAGGGCUGCAGAGAGCGGAGGCCGAACGGCAAGCGGCUGAGGAGGAGGCCGCAGCUGAGGAAUCCAGGCGUCAAGAAAAGGCUUCCAAAGAAGCUCAAAAGCGAGCACUCAAAGCUCAGCAGGACGCUGCUGAGGAAGCAAAGCGCUCGCAGAAAGGGCUGAAGAGAGCGGAGGCUGAACGGCAAGCGGCUGAGGAGGAGGCCGCAGCUGAGGAAUCCAGGCGUCAAGGGAAAGCUGCGAGGGACGCACUCGAGCGCGAGCUGAAGACUCAGCAGACCGCGGCUGAGGCAGCUAAGCGCUCGCAGGGCCUCGAGAAAGCCGAAGCAGAGCGGCUGAGGGUACAGCAAGCGGCUGAGGGGGAAGCCGCGGCUGAGGAAUCCAGGCGUCAAGGGAAAGCGGCGAAGGAAGCACUCGACCGCGAGCUAAAGACCCAGCAGACUGCUGCUGAGGCAGCUAAGCGCUCGCAGGGCCUCGAGAAAGCCGAAGCAGAGCGGCUGAGGGUACAGCAAGCGGCUGAGGGGGAAGCCGCGGCUGAGGAAUCCAGGCGUCAAGGGAAAGCGGCGAAGGAAGCACUCGAGCGCGAGCUAAAGACCCAGCAGACUGCUGCUGAGGCAGCUAAGCGCUCGCAGGGCCUCGAGAAAGCCGAAGCAGAGCGGCUGAGGGUACAGCAAGCGGCUGAGGGGGAAGCCGCGGCUGAGGAAUCCAGGCGUCAAGGGAAAGCGGCGAAGGAAGCACUCGAGCGCGAGCUAAAGACCCAGCAGACUGCUGCUGAGGCAGCUAAGCGCUCGCAGGGCCUCGAGAGAGCCGAAGUCGAGCGGCCGAGGGUGCAGCAAGCGGCUGAGCGGGAGGCCGCAGUGGAGGAUGAGGAAUCCAAGCGUCAGAGAAAAGCAGCCAAGGAGACGCUCAAGGGCGAGCUAAAGGCCCAGAAGAAAGCUACUGAGGCAGCUAGUAGCUCGCAGGGCCUCGAGGACGCCGAAGCCGAGCAAGUGAAGUUGCAGCAAGCAGCUCACGAUGAGGAAUCCAAGCGCCAACGAAAAGCGGCUAAGGAGGCGGCAAAGAACGAGCUAAAGGCCCAGCAGAAAGCCACUGAGGCAGCUAAUCGCUCGCAGGGCCUCGAGGAAGCCGAAGCCAAGCAGUUGAAGUUGCAGCAAGCAGCUCAGGAUGAGGAAUCCAAGCGCCAACGAAAAGCGGCAAAGGAGGCACUAAAGAAAGAGCUAAAGGCCCAGCAAAACGCUGCCGACGUAGCAAAGCGCUCGCAGAAAGAAUUGGAAAAAGCCGAAGCCGAGCAACUUAAGUUGCAGCAAGCAGCUCGCGAUGAGGAAUCCAAGCGCCAGGGAAAAGCGGCUAAGGAGGCACUAAAGGGCGAGCUACAGGCCCAGCAAAACGCUGCCGAGGUAGCUAAGCGCUCGCAGAAAGGCCUGGACAAAGCCGAAGCCGAGCAGCUAAAGUUACAGCAAGCGGCGGAGGAGGAGGAACGUAGACUCAAAGAGAAAGCGGCCAAGGCGUACAAGGAGGCACUCAAAGGCGAGCUAAAAGCUCAACAGACGGCUGCCGAGGAAGCUAAGCGCUCGCAGAAAAGCCUUGAAAAAGCCGAAGCGGAACAACUGAGGUUACAGCAAGCGGCUGAGGAGGAGGAAGCAAGGCUCCAAGGAAAAGCGGCCAAGGCGUCCAAAGAGGCACUGAAAGCCGAGCUAAAAGCCCAACAGAAGGCUGCCGAGGCAGCUAAGCGCUCGCAGAAGAGCCUUGAAAAAGCCGAAGCUGAGCAACUAAAGUUGCAGCAAGCCGCCGAAGAGGAGGCCGCGGCGGAGGGCUCGAGGCGCCAAGCCAAGGAGGCGCUUGAGGCCGCGGAGAAGGACCUGACCGCCCACAAGGUCUUAGAAGCCGCUCAGCAGGCCGAUCGCCAACUCUUGGAUGCCGAGAUAGCUGCGGGUGCUGCCGCGCUUGAAGCGGAAAAGGCGGCCAAGAUCGCAGCCGCCGCAGCUGAACUAGCAGCAGCUCAAGCCGCCGCACAUCAGGCUGCUAUCGCGGAAAAGCGAAAAAGUAACACGAUCAAGGUUGAAUUUGAUUCACGGACGGACUCGAAAGCCCACGCCGCCGUGGUUGACUCUGCAGUCAGUCUAUCGCAGUUUGUGCCGUCCGACGUCAUCGUAGGCCUCAAUCUCGCAAGUAUUGUUGCCGCUGCGGAAGCUAUCAAGAUCCGACGGUCGCAGGUGUUGAUCCUCAGCAGAUACCCUGAUCCUCACGAAAAGACGAAUGACAAAGAACUCAUGUACCUGUCGCUGACGACCCUUCAGCUGCUUAGCAGCUACGGGAUCAAUAUUGAAGCAUUGAAAGCGGCAUCGAGUGCCAAGCUCAUCAAAAAAGUCGAAGUUCAUUCACGUCGCCUUCCGAAGGUCAACCUGCGCCUGGGGAAUGGAACCCUAGCUGUCAAGAAGUGGGCGUUCUUGGCGGCUCUGGUUGACGAAAUGGAAGGAGCUCCAGAUCUCGGGCGCUUCCUCAUGGUCCGCCAUGACUGUCGGGCAUUGCGGAUAGCGGACGCGCAUGCGGCGAGAAAAACACUUACCUUCAACCAGUUUGGGCAUGUCAACGCCGAGAUUACCUGUAACCUUGUCUGGAAUGGGGAGGCACCACCUACGGAUCCUAACUGGGAGGAUGAGUUUGGGGCGUCUCCACUUGUGAGCAGCGAAGCCGACGAGCUAGUCGGCAAGGCCUUCAGGGGAAAAGGGUGCGAAGUGCUCUUCCUCGACGGCCCAGAGCAGGUGGGAUACCAUGUGCGGUCGGACGUAUCCUCCUUGCGCUACGAGGCGCACAAGUUGUCCGUCCGGAAGGUGGCGGGUGACAUGCCCGCAAGGCUGUCGCGCAUUGUCGUACCAACGAACGUGAAAGAUGCUCCUCCUGGAGACGACGUGUUGGAAGGGGGGAUCCCCUUGGGGGAGAAGGUGUACGGCGCGCAGCUGGGGCUCUUACCUCUCGCUCUGCCUAUCGACGGCGCCGUAGCCGAUGUCUUUUCGGCGGAGGAACUCAAAGCUUCCGAUGACAAAUACCGCCGAAAAAUUGAAAAGCUAUUCAAUCAAAAAUCGGAUCUGGGCCGGUUUCUUUCCCUCAAAAAAAUUAAUGCCAUCAAUCGCCUCCAUGAAGCCAUGCCGGGGCUGGUCGGUCCGCCGUUACUGGUCAAUCUGGAGGAGAAGUCGAGCUUCGCCGGAGGCUACAAAGAAAUCUAUCGCAAGCACCAACGCCAGGAGUGGGGUUUGGGCCUGGCAUCAUGUUUGCUGCUACCAAUUCCCAUUGCUGCGGUCGCGGUGCUGGCCUCGAAGGCAAAAAAGUAAAGCAUUUGUACAUAUUUCGUAUUUGUGUUAGAAAUAUAUCAAUGUCGGUUCGCGUA